AUGCCUGGCUCAGAGCCGCCGCCCACCAUGGACCGGACGGACAUAGCCACGUCUAGAAAACUCAGCCCGGAAGGCACGAGUCAAGGCGACCGUGAAAUGAUGAGCUGGAGCCUUGCUUACGCGAGCAGGAUACUACAUACUCGAAAAAAAUCGAAAGGGAAGCGCAAGUUCACAUUUCAACCAGUUGCCGACCAGCUUACAGCGAUCAAUAUCGCCCCGUAUCCUGACAGUGCGUUUGAUCUCAAUGUGCGACAACAGGCAUUCGGUACUUGUCUACAACACGCCUUGCUUCACUGGCAGGAAUUAUGUUGCUCAAACGACUUCAACAGUUUCGCAGCAAAGGCUUCUAUCAGGUGCCUCAGUCUACCUCAGCUCAUUUUACACAAAAAGGAAGUAAUGGGAGCUCUUUUGAAUGGCAUUAGAUCAGGAAAAUGCUAUUCUCUUGAAGCGCUCUUUCAUUGUCUCGUUGCCAUAGCGAAAGAUCUUGGUGCUAGCUUUGUCACAUAUUUUCCACUUUCAGUUGAGGCAAUCACUUGCUGUCUGGAAGGAACUAUGGAAUUGGACGCGAACCACGUGGAGUCGGCGUUUCGGUGCCUCGCUACGCUCUGCACAUUACUAUGGCGGUCAGGCAAAGUUACAAUGCUGCAUAUUUUAGAGUGUACGCGGCAUAUUAGAAACCAUCCAAAGCAACAUGUGCGCAAACUAGCAGCCCAAGCGGUUGCUCCGGCUGUACGAAGUUCGACUAAUGAAAUCAUCUUAGCUAGUGUCAGAAAUCUCAUCAUGGAACACUCUAUACUGUGUGAGUCAAGUCAGCAGGAACACAGGAUAGAAGCAACGACAUUCAUGUUACACUACAUUGCUGUUGGUCAUGCGAGCGCGCUUCACUCAAAGUCGGACAGCGUGCUGAGAGCAGUUUUCGAUCCAGACUUCGUACCUGAGGUACGGGGAACUGUCCGUCUAGUCAUAGUUCAGAACUUACUUGUUUCACUUGAUGCAUCUCUACCCAAGAGCGCCUUCAAAGAACUAUGGAAUUCAUUUUUACAUGUUAUCAGUUCUUGUGCUGCUCAAGUGGGUAACAAGAACAUAUCAGAAGUCAUGUACUUAUCUGAGAUAGCUAUAUCCAUAUGUUCUACAAGGUUCGAAUUGUGUACAGAUAGCUACAAUAAGCUUUCUGAUUUCGUACACGCUUACUUCUUGUUUUGUACAACCAGUGCAAAACCAGUUGAGCAAUCAAGUGUCACUACUUUUGUGCGGCUGCUGGCGGCACUUUCUUCACGUAACGAGUUCAAAGCAAUGCCAGUGUUAACAUCUUUUCCUUGGUGUGAUCUGAUACGGACUAUUGACAACUCUUCGAUUACGCUGAUACUAAGGGUGCUGAUACAAAACAUUGAACUGGGAUGCGUCACAGCUCAUUACAUGAGUGAAGCCUUACUGAUAGAUUCGUCGCACUUGAUUUUUCUUAGAGGAUUCGAAAACUCUUUAAUGUUGGGCAAGAUUAUUCAAAAGGUGGCAGAAUUUUCGAAGGAUUUACACUCGAAGUUGAUGCGAAUCGACGAUGCACUCUUGAAGUGGCACUUCGAGUGUAAGCUGACAUCGCUUGAUUUUAGUGAAAUAUGGUCAACUCUCCAAAUUUUACCGUAUUUUGCCGACACUCGACUGGUGCAGAGCGUCAUUACUACCAUGGUCUCAUAUGUCAAGCGUUCAAAAGAGGCAAGUGUGGAUCAAAAUGCCCUUUCCAGUGGUGCAUCGGCUCUUCUCAUGUCUUCACUUGAAGCUGAUAUACUUUGUCGAGAACUUGAUACAUCUUCAAAUUGCAAGUUCUCGUUUGAACUUAUUCGUUUCACUCUCUCAUGUCGUAUUUCUUCGCCGGCUGUGUGGUCUUCGUUAGCACGUCUAACUUCUUUGAUUAUACGGCGAGCCGAUGAAAUACCAGCCGAACUUAUGCCAAGUGAUCUGACAGAAUGCAUACGAUCCCAAAAUCGUCUUUUAAGGGUUUCUGUUCUUGAGUAUUUAGCGAUUAUUGCAAACAAUCAUAUGGGCAUGUCACCCAAGUCGACUGAGUGUGUUACAGCCUUUUUGUAUAUGAACAGGUUGUCUCGUGAUAGUGGAAGUAUACUCGAAUAUUCCAGGAAGAGUAUCAAUUUGAUCAGAUCCUUGACUCGGAAACUCAGCGACUUUGAUGCCUCUGAUCACGUUGCGGUGUUGAAUAUGGCUCUGGGAGCGUUGUAUCUUCGUUUCAAUCCACUAUGGGAUCCACUUGUAGAACUGAUUGGUGUCUUGAGUGGAUCCGAUUCUACAGCGCUUCAGUUAUUACAGGCAGAAAUCCUUCGAACCAAGCAGGAAGUAAUUGCUGACCACGAUGUCCAAGAAACGAUUAUUUUGUUCCCCACCGACAGCGAUCAGACACGUGAUGAAGUUUGUGAAGCUCUCAAUCCUCAAGAGCGGAGUGUAGAACAGUCUCAACGUUUACAGCUGUUGAUUACGUCUCUGCAGUACUGCACACUUAUGGACCAAACUUUUGUACUUGAUCUCUUUUUGGAUGUUUAUUCAGUCUGCCGUAGAAAUGAAUAUAGAUAUGUUGCUACACGGUAUUCAGGCAUAAUUUUAGCUCUCUUAAAGCUUAUGCAGAGUAAAGAUGAGGUUCGUUCUCUCCUUCUUCGGACAAAAUUAGAUGCGCAUCAGUUAUACGAAGGCGUUUUCACAGCUUUGAAAGCUUUAGUGGGUGAUGACAACGCGAACUUGGCAUCAGAAGCGCUGAAGUGUAUGGGCCUUUUGAAGUUAGAUUAUCUCCCUAAUAUUAGAGUUUCGCAACUAUGCUUGCUGACGGAUGUUCAGUCAGUGAAGCGCGCGUUAACUUCAAUACAAUUCGAAGAAGGUUCAGAGGAUUCUGAAGUUUCACAUGAGUUUCCUAAGAUCCAAGAACGGCACCGGGAGGAUGUCAUCAGUAUCAUAGUAAGCAUCCUGUCAAAAUAUAUUCUCUCAGGGAAAACUUCAUUUAGCUCACUAAAGUCGAUCAUUUUGAGAUGGUUCAGCUGUUUGAGAUGUGCUGAAAUGGAACCAUUUAUACAUGGGCUGUUUGUACCCUUGAUGAGACCUCAUGAAAUCAGACUACGUCAUGGUACUACUGUAUUCUCUACUCAAGCGAUAAACUCAGCGAUAUCAGAAGCUUCACAUGGUACCUUGAUCGCAUUGAUGUCACAGCUGCGAGAAGUGCAUAAAGCGGUACCAAUGCAUUUGAGAAACUCCACGGAUCUUAUUCUUUCGGUGAUGUUCCAAAUUUUCAUGAGAGCAUGCAAGCGUCAAGAUAUCCAAAAUGAUGAGUUGCUUCGACUUAAAAUCUUGCGGUCAAAUUCGCUUCGGAUGAUUGCGCGCAUUAUACCGAUUGUGAAGUUCGAAGGUAUAGAGCGCCAUUGGCUCGAUGCGAGUGAAUGUUUGAUAAAUACUGUUAAGGGCUUGGAAAACGAAUGCUCCGGCUCACAAGAACCCGCAGUGCUGUGCCUGCUUUCUUCAAUCACACAACGUGUAGAUCUCAUCAAACUCCUCGAAACUCCCACCGGUCACAAACUUCUCGAAUAUGUUUUCGCUGUAUUGAGCAGCCCAAAGACAUCUGAACCAUGUAGAAGAACAAUUUUGAGCAUGAUCACCAUGCUCCUCAACUCCGUAAAUUCUGAGUUGGGUAAUGAUUGCACUGUCGCAAAUCUGUCCGAAAAAAUCGCUGCAGGCGUUCGUAUGUCACUUAUAAACGAGCUAAAACGCGGAAGAAUACCGACAUCAAAGCAAUUUGGCGAAGAUAUGCUCUCUGAAAUUCAGAUUCUUGAACAAUUAAGCAAAUUUGAACGCUGCAGUCCGUGGAAUAUUUGUAUGUUCAAAGAUGUGUUAGAGAUGGCGUGUACGAAACGUCUGAACAGUGGAAAACGUACUGAGUUGCUCGUUAUGUUAAACUCUAUACUUUCAGCACUAUCUUUGGAUGAGCAACUCAGACGUGAGUCAGUUGAGAGGUUAGCAUUUUUAUAUGCGACAUUGAGAGCACCGUGCUCUAGGAGAGCAUUGUUAGAUCUCUUCAAAGCACUCGAUUAUUCGCAAGACGGAUAUAGAGUUCGCAUACUUCAUGAUUUGAAUGCUUACUUGGAUGGGCGCAUUGGCGAAGUGGAUCACGGUAGAAGAAUUCGGGCAUACGCCAAGUUGCAAUCACGCUGGGGUGGAGAAGAUGAAACAUCAAUGCAACUGUGGAUUUAUAACUCGCUGCAUGAUAUAUGUUCAAAUGACAGCAUUCUUCGUAAUUCUGCAAAACUAUUGAUAUAUCGGUGUUUGGAAGUUGGUUCAACAGCGUCCUACAACUUCCAGCAUGGGCCAAGUUCACGGCUAGUGGUGAACACUGUGUUGCCCUGGGUCGCAGAGCUACUCGGUAGACGGGACCCUCUUAUUCGCAAUUGUGGUAUAGAACUAUUAAGAUAUGCGGUGGUCCGAGGGCAUAUUCUUGAUUUUUGCUGUUUGUGUGAUCAGAAUGAAGAAGUCGAUGUAUUUCUGAACCUGUGCCACAUCCAAUCUCACAGGAGAGCCCGGGCAAUACGACAACUGCAUGCGCCUGAAGUUUUAAGCUCUGUGGAGCCCAGACUAUAUUGGACGUAUGUGAUUCCUCUUUUCAUGGUGUUUUUGGGCGAUCCAAGUGCAGAUGUCGCAGCUACGGCCGUAGAUGCUUUGGGUCACACGGUAAAAAUACUCGAGUCUGCGGAAUAUGUCAAGGUUAUUUGCCGCCUGUUGCACCUUGCGCACAGGGCCUCAGAAUUACAGAAAUUUCAUCUGCGCGGUGCGACUUGCAUGCUAGAAAAUUUGAGAACACACUAUGAACCUUACGGCGAUUUUGAUGAUCGGUUAGUUCGCCGUGGUGAAGCGGCAGAUUUGGGGGCUUUAUAUUCCACUGCACUUCCACUGGCACAGGCAUGUAUUACUUUGAGACGUGACGCUCAAAGUAGCGAACAAGGCUCAAGUCAAUAUCUACAGACAAGUGCAAUUUCAUGUGUUUCGAGUAUGUUGGCACUUUUUGAUCAUGAAAAAUCCGAAGCAGGGACACUUUGUAUGCUCAAGUUCAUCAUCGAAAACAUGAGCAGUCGGUCAGAGAAGUUGCGCGAUAAUGCAAUGACAGCUCUCAAGUUCAUUUCAAUCAAAUUGGGCGAAAGGCACUUGCCGUUGAUCAUUCGUGUUCUGCGAAAUGGACGGACAACAGGCUUCCAUCUCCAUGUUCUCGGCAAAGCGAUUCAUGUGUUAGUGAGUAACUGUGUGAACAUGUCUCCAGAAAUCGCCACAGUCGUUUUUGUGGAAAUUGUUCCUACCCUGCAAGCAAAUCUCUUCGGAAGCGCGCGAGAUCGUAUGGAUUCAAAAUCUACCAAACCCGUUGUUGAGGCUAAACCAAGUUAUUCCUUGAAAACCAUAAGCUUAAUUGCCGCACUUUUGAAGGACGGAGAUUCUUUGAUCAAGUUUGUUCGUACAUUUGUUAGGAUGCUACCAGAGUCACCAGACAGCAGAAGUCAAAAGAAUUUCGAGCUAAUUUUACACGCUUUACAUGAAGGAUUGUUGCGAAAUGCAAGUCUAGGGGUUCAAAAUCUUACUUAUCUUGCUGGUUCGCUCGUUGAAGAAUACAUCACUUCCUCCACCGUGGAUACCGAUUGUGAUACGGACACAAGUUUGCUUGCGUCAGAGUAUUGUGUGAAAAUUCAUCAAUUCGCAAUCAGUUUACUAUAUGAUGCACUCAAGUGUGCGGAAAAAUUGCGUGAUGAAAGACUUCCAUGUGAAAGCGACCUCGAGGCUUUGAAAACGACGAUCGCUUUGAUGAUGCGAUGCUUGCUGAGCACGUCAUAUGAAGUACAGGUCGGGGCAACGCGCAUCUUAGCAAAACUUUUACGCUCCGGCUUGCUCGCGAAAGAAAUUUCCGCAGAAAACUUAACUAAACGGAUUAUUCGUACACUUAAGUCGUGCAAGUCUGUGAAAGACCAUCUUGCUCAGAACUGCUUGAAGAUCCUUGCACACAUUAUGAAAACUCAUCACCAGAUAACACUCACAUUGCCACAAGUGUCGUUUGUGCUGUCAUUUUCAUUUAAAAAUUUGUCAGAUGAUGCGCAGGACCUGAAAAACUCGUUUCUGUUACUCAAUUCUCUCAUAUCGCGGAGAGUGGUCCAGAACGACAUGUAUGCUCUUAUGCAUGAACUACUGUUGACGAUUGCGAAGGGUCAAUCGAUGCAAGUUCGAAGUAUGUGUUCGCACGUAUUCAUUCGUUUCGUGUUAUCGUAUCCCAUUGGUGAGAGGAAAGUAGAAGAUAUGCUUCGAACGCUGAUUUCUUCUUUAGAAUAUCCUCAAGCAGACGGUCGCAUGUCUGUGCUGUCAACGAUACAUGCACUUCUUUUGAAGUUGCCCGAAGUCGCUCUCAAAUCUAACGGGCCUCUCUUCUUCUUUCCACUAGUGCUCCGCGUUGCAUCAGAUACGCAUUCACAGUGCAGUGAGUUGGCAAAUAGAGCACUCGAUUGCUUAUUUUCACGAGUCGAUGAGACGCAAAUGAUGAAAUUUCUCUCUUGUACGAUCGUAUGGUCAAAAAGGCAAGAUAUGCUUCAACGUGCGGCAUACCAAGUUUUACUGUUGGGAUUUUCUAGACAUGCCAGUAUUACAUUUGAAGUGUACUCGCAAGUUGAAGGUCACAUGAUAAAAAGAAUACGUGCGGCUCUUCAACGUAAAGACGGAGUGGACUGGUCUAUUACGUAUUGUCAGCUGAUUUGCUUUGAACGGGCAGUCAGCCAUCGAAGUCAAUGUCUGGAUAGUGAGCAUUCAGACGCAUUCAGCAGUGAAGCUGAUUUCGCAAUGGUACACAUCCUUCCACACGCCGUUUCUUACGAUCAUCUUUGGAUUCAGGCAUCUGCGUUGCGCGUUCUCAGAUCUUACCUUCAGGCCGAAACUCGAAUGGAAAAGUCUUUCACAAUAUUGUCUGACGUCAAUAUUGAACUCAUCGUUGAUGCAUUGAUUACGGUCAUUGAACGACAAUCACGAACUAAGAAAGUCGAGCAUGCAAACAUGGGCGAUGUUUUGUUAUGUUUGACGGCAAUCAUGACUUCAGUACACGCAAAGGCGAUCAGCGAAAAAUAUAGUUCACAAAUAUUCCAUAGACUUCAUAAGUCCGCUUUUUCGUCCCCAGAGCUCAAGCGUACAAUACUCCAAUCGAUGGCUGCUUUAGUCUCCGCAAACAAAUCGCCAAUUGAUUCGAGUAACAUGGUAUUAUAUCAUGCAUUGCUUUUAUCUUAUCAUUGCAUGGAUCGAACAAUAGAAGGUUGCGACACCAAGGAAGACUUACAGAGCUAUGCAAUCGCAGGAGACAUAUUUUCCAGUCUGCAGCUGAUACUGCCUCCCGAGAUUUUUCUUGUGAUGUUCGAGCGUGUGAAAACUGACUUAACUAAGAAAGGAAGAAGCGGUACUGUGAUUAGCUAG